AUGGGGCUGCAAUCAUCUCACGAUCAGGAGAGCGGACAGCAUCUGCUGGAUGAGGACCACUCCUACAUGGAAGAGGGAGUCGCCGAACGCAGAGAAAACCGUCUCAAACUCAUUUCUAAGUCUGGUUCGCUCCAGAGACUUGCAACUUUUAUCUCUUUCUUCCUGAACUUCGUUCUCUCUGCGCUGUGCCUCACGCUCUGGCGAAGGGCCAGCCUGCUGGUGUCUCCCCUUCCGCCAUGGCCAAAUACCCUGUAUUCUCCGGCUCAAGGAGCCGUAGAAUACGAAAUAGUAACGUUCAACUCAGACUUUGCUGAAGAUCAUUCAGGAACGACCGAGUUCUACGGCGCAUCUCCAGAAGCCAACCAUGCCUGGAAACAGCUGAUGGACCCCUAUACGGUCCAAAUCACCGGAAAGGAGGCCGAGAGGAUCUCCCGCCCUACCUCCAAGAUCUCAAGCGAUCCAGACUACUACAUCACCAACCUGGACGUCUACCACCAGCUACACUGCCUCAACGACAUCCGCAAGUUUGUCGCGCAGCACAACUCGACCGAACAUCAACUGAACAGGAUGCAGACGAUGCACAAGUUCCACUGCAUCGACAGCAUCCGGCAGAGCUUGAUGUGCAGCGCGGACGUCAGCCUGGUGCACUGGUACUGGGCGCCGAGUCCGGGGAAGCAUUUUCCGAACGCCACGACCACGCACAUUUGCAGGAAGUGGUCCAAGAUCGAGGAGUGGGCAGUCAGUCACAGGCUGGACGAGGAAAGGUUUGAUCGGCACAAGUUCGUGGAAUAG